AAGGUGAGUUCUAUCUCAGUUCUCACUUUGUUCUCUUUCACGUCUUCUCGUCAACAGGACUUUGAUGUUUGCUUCCUUUUUUACCCCCUUGCUUAUCAUCAAUGCAAUGGUGUCGAAUUUUGAUCUGCUGGCUAAAAAAAAGACUUUUAAAGCAAUGCUAAAUCAAAGACAUUUCAAUGUCUGUGUCUUUGAUUUCUUUUCUUCUCUCCUUCCUUCUCUCCUCCUCUCUCCUUCCCAUCCCUUCAUUUUUUUCUUCCUUUUCUCUUUCCAGACUGGGAAGAAAGCCUUUCAUGUGCUAUUCCUGGAUGUUCCUGACGCUUCUUUUUCUUUUCUUUACAUUUUCCCAGCAAAACGUUAUUUUGUUGUAGUAAAUUAAGUAUUCUCAUUCAACUAAAUGGGUCUGUAAAUAUUUAUUCUGGAU